GUUGCAGCUUUGUUGCCGUGCGACAUGGGCGUCGACUCCGCCGCCGAGACCAUCGAUGGAACGCCGCACGGCGUCGCUGCGGUGUCACCCACGACGAGCUUCCUGUCAAUGGGCAAGUCAACAUGGAACGACUUGUGCGUGGACCUGCGGUUCACGAACGCCGUGCUCUUUCCUAAGCCGGCCUGGGGCUACAUCCACAAUGAGCCAGGACACGAAGUGAAGCAAGCCAGUGGGCACUUGAGAGCUGCGCCCGCUGCGGCGAAGGCAUGGUGGCAGCAUCUGUUCGGUGACUCUGGAAAGGGCGAUCGAGAGCCGUCGUCCAACUCCCCCUCGCAGAUGAUGAAGAAGAAGAAAAAGCAGCAGCGCAGUGCCUCCCAGCGCGCCCCAACCAACCCCGUGGAUCUGGACGAUCUCGACGCCAUCAUUCGCGAGACGAACGAGCAGCCCUACUUCCUCGACGCCCCCCAGCGCUGGCAGAAGAACCGUCAUGGCCGCGCGGGCAAGAAAGGCCGCGCCGCCACGAAUGACCAGGUCAGAGAGAGCGCGGCUGGCAUCGAGGGCUGCGCUGAGGCUCGGCUCGACUUUGGCGGCGCGUCGCCCGAGAGAAACCCUUACCGCGUGACGGUGGCGGGGGGCAGCGCGCGCGGUUGUUCGGACAUCGAGAGGGAGAGCGGAGAUGUUUCGGAGAACGUCAUCAAUUUCAUUCCCGACGCCCUGCGCCAGACAGAGAGGGUCUUCGACGCGGAGUUGUCGUUGUCUGAUAUGGGGACGUGUUUACUGAAUGCCACCGCAGCUGCGGACGACGCAUGGGCUUCCAUCUGUCCAACAUGGGAAGUUCGAGCGCCGCUGACAGUAGCGUACUUCAACGUGUUGGCGCACCGUGUCUGCACUGGGCGAGGGCAGGUCUCGUUUCCGCAGUUGCAGUUCGAACGGCGUCAAAGAUGGUCGAAUUUACUUUGGUCAGGCGCCUGCCGCGUGUGCCUGGAAGUAUCGCCCGUGGCGGGCAUGUCAGGCCAUGCUUUCACCGUGCGGUUCCCCAGGAUGACGCACGAGCCCGAGGUGGAGAUCGUUGACGACGGCAACGUCAACGAACGGAUUGCCACUACGCUCACUACAUUCGUGCAGAGCGUGGAGAGGACAAGCGCCCGUUUUUUCAUUAUCAUCUAUUCUUCCGGGAUAAUCCACAUGGAUUUCGGCGACCCCUACAGCAUUGAAGUGGCAGGCGAUGAAGACGUGGAAGAUGAAGAUGCCGCACCAUGCGACCUCCCUGACGAGUCGAUCCAGGAGGCCGCGGCAAGAGAGGAACACAUCGCAGAGUCACAGGUGUCUCGCAAACGCCAGAAAAGAGAGGGCGAGUCGACGGUCGACCUGCUCGCGGCGUACGACAAGAGCGGCCUCAUCUCCGAGGGCGUUCUAGCCAUAUGCAGGAGAUCGCUCUUGCAAGUUGAAGGCGUGUUCUUGCAGAUGCACAAGUGGCAGCCAAUGGCGGACGAGGCGUUCGUUGAGCAGUUCAAGGGCAUGAGAUCUAAGUUGAACAUGUCAGAUCUCGACUUCCUCCGCCACUGCGAAGACAGUAUCCAUCGUCGUUCUUGGGUGGUGAUUCUCAAGGCCAAGCUCCUGCCCCCCGAUCUCGUGGCUGCCAUUCCCAAUGCGUCGAACAAAAGUAUCUUCUGCAAGGACCCUAAGUUGAAGGACGUUUUGAAGUCGGCACCUGCGGCGCUAGCGCUGCGGCAGAUACUCCACGGCUUCAUGCGAAAGCACACGAAAGAUGACAGUCUGCAAAUCAUCGAGGAUUACGCAGAGGUCGGGGGUGAAGAUGAGAAGCUCGCGAUGCGCAUAGCUGUUGUGAUGCUAGACAAUUGCAUCGACUCUGUCACGGUGGAGGAAUUCUCGAACAAGCUGGGCGUUGGGCUUGUGACUGACACGGUGGCGGACAUUCAGAAUGGGAUCGGACAGAAGGGCAACAUUGCGUACAUGCCAGCAGCCUGUUUCCAGGGGACAAUGCAAUCGCUGGCUCCGACAGAGUGCGCGGAGGACAUCGUCAAGCUCCAGGAGAACAUUCUGUCGAGGGAUCUCGUGGAGUAUGCCAUGGGA